AUAUUAAAAUUCUUCCAAGAAGCUAAAAUAGAAGAAUUAGCAACCAUUCAAGGAUGUUCUAGGAAGAAAGCAGAAAUAGUAGCAAAACUUCGACCAUUCAACUCAUAUGAUGAUUUGGUGGCCAAGAUAACCUCAACCAAAACAUUAACAUAUUUUAUCAUACCGGGUUGUUUAGAAGUCAUACAUCUACAGUAUGUUGUUACUAGUUUGAUGGAGAAAUGUGAAAGGAUUGGUCAAGAAAUGGAAUCAGUUGUCUCAGCUUUAACAAGUAGUGAAUGUCUGGAAGAUAGUGAGGAUAAUAUUACUAAGCAACCAAGUCUACUUGUUUCUUCGAAGACAUUAAAGAAUUAUCAGAUGAUAGGUUUAAAUUGGCUACGUGUUAUGCAUGCUCAACAUUUAAAUGGAAUAUUAGCUGACGAAAUGGGUUUAGGAAAAACAAUACAGACAAUAGCUUUUCUGGCACAUCUUAUAGAAGUUGGUGAAAGAGGUCCUCAUGUUAUUAUUGUACCGUCUUCAACAAUAGAGAACUGGUUAAGAGAAAUGCAAGAUUGGUGUCCUAGUUUAAAAAUUGUUAUAUAUUAUGGUUCUCAAGAUGAAAGAAGAGUAGUUAGACAGCAGGUUUUAUAUAGUGAUACUGUAGAAUAUAAUGUUAUAUUAACAACAUACAAUAUGGCUACAGGGAGUGUGGAAGAUAGAUCUUUAUUUAAAAAAAUGGAAUUUCAGUAUGCUGUAUUUGAUGAAGGACAUAUGUUAAAGAACAUGUCUUCAUUGAGAUUUCAGAAUCUGAUGAGAAUUCGAGCUGGUAGAAGAUUACUAUUAACUGGUACACCAUUACAGAAUAAUCUAGUAGAAUUAAUGUCUUUAUUAUGUUUUGUAAUGCCUGAUAUAUUUAGUGGUAAAACAGAAUCAUUGAAGAAAAUAUUUACUAUGAUGACAAAAGUUGCUGAUGAACAAGGAAAAUUUGAAAAAGAGAAAAUCGAACAAGCUAAGAGAAUAAUGAAACCAUUUGUUUUACGUCGACUCAAACAAGAUGUGUUAAGUCAGAUGCCAGCAAAAGAAGAAAAUGUCAAUUAUUGUGAAAUGAUUCCUGCUCAACAAGACAUAUAUGACUUUUUAAUUCAAACUUUUAAUGCUGAAAUAGAGAAAAAGAAAGAAUAUUUAUCAAAAGGGGGCGGAGCCAGUAUGUUUAUGCAACUUCGUAAAGCUGCCAAUCAUCCAUUAUUAAUUCGAAGUAUUUAUGAUGAUAAAAAACUAGCUGCUAUUGCCAAGGAUCUUUGUAAGGAACCAUCUCACAGAGACCGUGGUGCCCUACCUAAAUUAAUACAAGAAGAUCUAGCUGUAAUGCAUGAUUUUGAGAUAAAUAAUGUGUGUAAACAUUAUAAAAGUCACAUUGGUAAAUACAUGUUAGAUCCAAAAGUAAUUAACGAAUCUGGAAAAUUUAAAGCUCUGACUAAAAUGUUAGCAAAAAUGAAAGAAAAUGAUGAUAGAGUAUUACUAUUCAGUCAGUUUGUUAUGGUGUUAGAUAUAGUAGAAGUAUUUUUAAAAGAUUUAGGUUAUAAGUUCUUUAGACUAGAUGGCAGUACCCCAGUUCCAGAAAGACAAAAGUUAAUAGAUGAUUUUAAUAACGAUAAGAAUAUAUUUAUAUUUUUAUUGUCAACUAAAGCUGGUGGAUUAGGGAUUAACCUAACAGCUGCUAAUACAGUUAUAAUACAUGAUAUAGACUUUAAUCCUUAUAAUGAUAAACAAGCUGAAGAUAGAUGUCAUAGAAUGGGGCAAACAAGGAAAGUAAAAAUACACAGAUUAAUAUCAAAAGGCACUGUAGAAGAAGGAAUGAUUAGAGUAGCUAAACAAAAAUUAAAAUUAGAAAAAGAUGUAACAACAAGUAAUCAAGGU